AUGUCGGCCCCGUCGAGCUCCUCGUCGCCCCUCAUAUCGACUCGGCGCCGCGCCUGCACUGCGUGUCAGCAGGCGAAGCGUCGAUGCGACCAGCGCCUGCCCCGCUGCGGCCGGUGCACCCAGAAGGGGUUGGACGACUGCAACUACCCUUCGCUCGAGGCCGCCGUCGCUGCCGCUGACUUCAACUUCUUCACCGACGUCCUCAACGGCUCUGCGGGCACCCCGACCGACUCCCUCCACAACAUCCUGCCCGUUCCCGUCGUGCCAGAGACGGAGACCUCGUGGCCCCUAUUCUACGGAAACGCCGCCGUCACCGGUGUGCCGACCCCCUCGCCCGCCGUCAUGGCAGCGCCUCCUACCAGCGAAUCGAUCCCGAGGGACGCGGUGCUCUACUGCAACGAGCAGUUCAAGUGCCUCCCGCGGCGCUGGGUGAGCCAGAACGGCGUCGCCCCUUUUAUCCACCCGGCGCUUUACCUCCCCACCAACAACGGCGCCGACGGCCUGCCCCCCGUGCUCCAGGACUGCUUCUGUGCGUGCGCGGCGUACGCGGCCAAGAACGAAGAGAACUCGGCGCUCGUCCUCGGCGUUGUGGAGGCAAAGGCCACGGCCCUGCUAUACGUGCCCGAGCAGGCGACCUGGACCCUUCCGCAGCAGGUCGCCGCCCUGCAGGCGUUGGUCAUGUACCAAAUCAUGCGUUGGUUCGACGGCGACAUCCGUCAGCGUGUGCUGGCCGACUCGGCCGAGCCCAUCCUAGCGGCGUGGACGUCCGCCCUACAGUCCCGUGUGGGAGCCGCUGUCUUCGUCGAGGAGGCAAUACCACCACCCCCCACCAUCCCGGAAGCGGCGACACACGUCCCGCCGCAGCAGCAGUCCUCAUCGUCGGCGUCGUCUUACACGCAGCAGCACGACAUGUCGCCGGACAACUCGCGCUCCAACACCCCCGGCGGCGGCGGCGGCCGACCGACGAAAGAGGAGCUCAAGGCCGCGUGGCGGCGGUGGCUGAUGGCCGAAUCAAUCCGCCGCGUGCUCACCAUGGCACACCUCGUUCGUGCGAUCUACGCCGCGGCGAAGCAGGGCGCGGGGUACGGCAAGCUCGGGGGUAAUGGGGCAGGAGGUGGUGGCGGUGGAGGUGUCGGGCAACACCACGGCGGCAGCGGAGGACACCCACACCCGCAUCAUCACCAUCAUCACCACCACGCCCUAAGGCUCUCGGACAUGUGUUUCACGGCGCAGACGCGGUUGUGGGCUGCCACAACGGCGGAGCGGUGGAACCGAUCCCGCGAAGGUGACACGGCGUGGUGGGUCAGCCGGAUGGACUUCUCGAGCUUACUCGCGCUCGCGGACCCGAGGGAGGUGGACGAGUUCACCGUCAUGCUCGGCGUCGUAUUCCGGGGCAAGGACACGGUUGAGGAUUGGAUGACGCAUGGGCCGGGUGGGAUGUGA